UAUUUAUACGGCAUCAUUGUACGAAGCAUGUUCAGUGGGAAUAUCGAUUUAUAUUUUUUAGCAAGCGCAGUAAAGUGAGUUUUGUUGAAGGUAAUUAUUGAUAUCCUGUGAAUGGUAACAAUAUUUUAAGAUUAAAAACAGGCCAGACAAAAGGUUUAUUCAGUGGUCGAGCAUAGCGAUGGGAAGUAUCGACAAGGCAUGUAUUUCAGGAUUUUUAUGCCGCCUGUGCUCAGAAAUGCAUCGAAUAGUUAUCCACAUAUAUGGUGACCAAGGCCAACGUCUCUGUCUGGUAGAAAAAAUUAAUGGUUAUUUACCAAUAACGAUUUCCCCCACUGAUCCACUACCUAAAACAAUCUGUACAACAUGUUUAAGACGAGUGGAGCAACAUUACGAUCUGUUAAUGCGUUUAUCAAGAAUCCGAGAAGAGAGAUUUGUGCGUCUUAACAAGCGUCGAGUCGAGGAAAGGCCAAUUCAAAAUCUUCCAGAUGUAUCAAGUCCAGAACCCUCAGAAGAUGAAAUGUACCACAGCGAUAACGAAACCAACAGACGGCAACCCCAACCAGACAUCCCUUUGCGGGAACAUGCAUUAACCUCGUCAUUCACUUCGUCAGUAUUAACAGAACAAUCAUCAGCAGAUACUGCUGAAUCUAUUGCGCAAAGUGCAGUUAAUACGGACGAAGUUGCCUUUGAUACUUCCACAUAUCCAUCAAAUUUGUCGCAAUCAAAUGAUGCUGGUGAUCGGUUUGAGUCGGCUUUGCCAGUGCUUAACGACUGAUGGUAUUUAGUAUGUUAGAUAAGAUUUACUUUACCGUCAUAAAUAUGAUUUAACUCUAAAAACGUAUAGUAUAAACCUCCCUUAUAUUUUCCACUGAAUAAAAUUAAAUUAAUACAA